CUCCCCUGUACUCACCCCCGGCAACCAGCCUCACAGCACGACCCUGACUCACUCUCUUCCCGAUGCCUCCCCCCCCGCUGACUCACCCCCCUCGUCUACUAACUUCCGUGACUCACAUGAAUCCCCGACAUUUGCCGACUCAAAUCCCGACGUCUCCCCCUCCCUCCCCUCCCCAGACUCCCCCCCGGACUCCCCCUCCCACACAGAUUUUCCUCCUUCAGAUCGCGAAGCCAAUCGGCACGAGGAGGCCCCCACCUCCUCCGCCGCCUCCUCCUCCUCCUCCUCGCUCUCCUCCCCCCUCCACGUCCCCCUCGCACCCCCUGACCCCCUGACCCCGAGCAUGGCUGGGGGGGGGCGGGGGCGGGGGGCGAAGGAGAACAAGCAGGAGAUGAUCGCGUGCAAUCCUCGGGAUCUGAGAGAAGGCCCGAGGAGCAGCUUCCGCACGCAGUCCCCGGAUUAGUUAAAGUGGAAUUCGUCUCGAGGGAAGCGGGCGGCGUCGAGCACAAAGCAUCGCCGCUGUCCGAACCCGCCGUCGAGAUAGCCGCAGCAUCUGGCGUCUCCGGGUCUGGCGGCGUGAUAGCCCCGUCGGCGGAAGUCGGGGCGCCUCGGGAGGUCUAUGCGCCUGUGAUUGAUGUCGUCGAGUAUUCUGACGCGGGCGGCGACGACGACUUCCAGCCCAGGGGCGUGAUGGUCAGCUUGGAGGACUACCCGGCCGAUGGCCCGCUCGUCGGCGGUGACGAAGAGGAGGACGUCGCGUACGUUAUCGAGGGUGACGGCGACGAGGCAGCGAACAAGACUGACGGCGAGAAGGACGGCGUCGUCGAGGCUCAGCCCGACUACAUCUACGACCACAAGCCCGAGGACGACUACGAGAACAUCGUGGAGUAUGAGCAGGAGAAGCGAGAGGAGGAGAACGGGACGCUGUCGGAGAGCAGCGAGGCCCCGGCCACGGGAAUCCCGCUCGCCUACGAGGCCAUCCCGAGCGCGCUGCUGGCGACGGCGGCCGAGAAGAAGGCGCCGGGCGACCGCCUCCCCGUGCCCCUGGACGACUUCGACCCAGCAGACAUCGUCGUGGAAGGCGACGCCAUGGCAGGGGAUGACCUCUUGGACAGAAUGGUAGGAGACGACUCCUUCGCAGCAUAUGACCUCAUGGACAGAAUGGUGGGCGACGACCCCUCGGUUUACGCCGCCAACGGGAAGCCGAAACGCAAGCUGUUCCGGUCGUGGAUGGCCGCCUUCCCCACGCUGGAGCCUCCUGCCGGCGGCGCGGAGGGCGCGGACGAGAAGGACGGCGAGGGGAAGCAGGCCCCCACCGCGCCUGCCCCCGCCCUGACCUCGACCGCCGAGCCCGUGAUUGGCAAGUCCUUGAUCUGGCGCCGGCCAAUGGCGCCGUCCGUGGACACGUGGUUCUCGCGUUACGGGCGCAGCAGCGCGGCGAGUCGAGACGCCGACGCCAACGACCCGGCCUCGGGCGACUUCGAGGACGAGCUGCAAAUGAGGAUCACCAGGAGGUCGGGCGGUCGGGGGUCCGUGCAGUGGACGUCCUUCGACCCGAGGGACCCCAACGGAGGCCCCAUACCCCAGUCCGACCCCAGCCACUUCCCGUCCAAGAUCCUGGAGUCGCUGGGCGUGACGCAGCGCACCCGGGACUCGCGCAACCCCGAGCCCAAGCUGGCCAAGGAGCUGUUCCCCCACAUCUUCGAGUACGACCUCGACGACCACGACGACUACUACUACGACGAGCCCGUGUACUACUACGACGACGCCACCGAGCACGACAAGCGCUACCGGAAGGCCAAGGACAGGAAUCUGGACGACGCGAACGACGAGGACGACUCCGCCGACGUCAUCCUCGACGACGACCUCGGGGAAGCGCGACCUGGCUACCGCGACCCCAAGAGCAUCGUGACGCUGAGGCCCGCCCCGGUCAGGUCGCAGCUGCGCCCCACCGGCGCCCCCGUCAGCGCCACGCAGUACCCGCCAGGGCUGCGGGUCAUGUCGCUCACCAAGGAGGAGUUCCACGUCGCGCUGCCGGAGCCGCGGGUGGAGACGCUGCGCGACGGGCGGCACGAGGUCGUCGAGAUCGAGGUCGUCCCCCUCAGCUCGCGGGACGCACCUCGCUCCGCCUCGCCCUCCUUCAACUCGGGCCCCGACUACUCCCAGGCGCACCACACCAGGUAUCAGACGACCACCACGACCACGACCACGACCACCACUCCAACCACGACGACAACGACGACAACGACGACGCCCCCUCCGCCACCCCCGCCGCCCCCAACGCGUCCCCCGACCGAAUCGCCGCCCCCGACGAAGCCCCCGGCGAAAUUCCUGCCGACGCGGCCCGCGCCGGAGCCGCGCCAGGUGCAGUUCGCCGUCGCGGCCGACUCGGCGUCCGUCCCGCGGAGCAAGCAGGGGAACAUCCCCAAGUUCCUCAUCCACAAGACGGAGGAACAGUACGACUACUUGCGGAGCGCGGGGGUCGUUCACUACCACCCCCUGACCAGCGCGCCGCUCGACGCCGCGGCGGCGCACCGCCCCCCGCCCGUGGUCAUGACGUCAGACCAGCCCUACGCAGAGGCAGAACCCGACCGCAGGAACUACUACCGCGACGAGGCGGACGACCUGCCCAAGGCGGGCGCGGCGGCGGGCGGCGCCCACUCGCCCGCCGCCCACUCGCCCGCCGCCCACUCGCCCGCCGCCGCGCACAGGGCGUGGAGCCCGCAGCCGUCGCAGAGCGAGGCGAGCCGCGCCGAGGAGCAGCCCGCGAGCCACGACGCAGCCCACGACCCGAGCCCCAUCCUCCCGGCGGCGCACGAGCUGCUCAGCGACAUCGAGGUCAUCCCGAGGGGCCGGUCCCUGCAGGCGGCGGCCGAGGCGGAGCAGCGCGCCCUCCGGUCGGCGCAGCACCACGACGCGUCCGUGCCGGAGGUGAGCCCCGCCCUGCACGCGUUCCCGCCGCCCGCCCGCAACUCCAAGCGCGUCACCGUCAACGUCACCAUCGCCACGGAGGACGAGACUAAGGCCGAGGCGGGGCCGUCGGGCUCCAGCAAGCCGCUGUACGUGCUGUCCGUGUCCGUGCCGACGUCCAGCCAGGACCAGAAGGCCGACAUCAACAUCGUCAAGCCCGACAACCAGGAGCAGAUCGCCACGCUCACCGUCAACGUCCGAGGCAACACGACCUACGACGACUCGAGGCAGCACGAGACGAGGCCCGAGGCGUUCCAGGCCGGCGUCCCCGAGAGGCUGGUGUCCCCCUCGGGCAGGGCGGGCCAGUGCCAGUGCCCGUGCCCCUGCAGUCCCGCCUCCAACAGCAUCCCCAUCCCUGCCUCCUUCCUCGCGAACGCCGGCAACAAGAUCCAGGACCACACGCAGUACCGCAAGGA